AAAUUUAGGUGAAACUUAGACACAAUUUUUUCUGCACAGGACAACCUGGCUUCAAUGGGAGUGACGGCGCACCCGGACCUCCUGGACCUCCGGGAGCUGUGAGUGUUGGUCCACCAGGUGAAGAGGGCCAAAAAGGCGACAGAGGCGAAAGAGGCGAAAGAGGCGACAGAGGCGCCAAAGGCGAACGCGGUUCUGCUGGAAGUAUGGGGACAAAAGGGGCAAAAGGAGAAAGAGGAGAACCAGGAAAUCAGGGAUCCCAAAUUUCCAAGAUAGCUGUAAAGUACGUGGGCGGAACUUGUACCGCUAGAAACAAAGGCGAAAUAUACAUGAACCCACGCAACAGCCAUCUUGUCGUGUGCGACGGUUCAAACUGGAAAUACGUCAAACUCACAAGUAUCGUGGCACCAACAAUCGCUAGUAGCUGUAAAGAGUACUACGACAGAGGUUUUCGAGGUAGUCAGCACUCGAAGGCUUACCUACUGAGAGGCACCGGUUGGUCAAAUUACAAGACGUACUGUGAUAUGACCUCAGGUGGUUGGACACUAGUUGGUCGAGCUUGCGGCAGCACUACCGAGUUCGCCCCGAAGAGCACAUUCUGGUAUAGCAACGCCCUCAUCAAUCCGAAUACCGCUGAAAACAUUAGAGACCUGCGUUCGAUGAAAAACAGGGGCUGGAUUAGUAUCCCAGGACGGAAAGUGAAGGUGUGCUUUAAGGGACCUCAAACCAGCUGUGCUGUGUUCAGUCAUAAUCUUGGAUUAUCGCUCUCUCGACUAUUUGCCAGCAAGUUUGGCGUUACCGUUAGUGAGAAUUACAAUUUUCAGAAGCUCAGAUCCGCCUUUCACAUUCCCCCUAAUCUCACCUAUAAAGCCAACAAACAGUGGUGUGGACUAAAUUUGGGAAACGGAUGUAAUCACGGCACUAAUCCGAACGUGGGAUAUCGUCACACUAUUAGUCGUAUUGGAUGCAUUGGGGACAACUCUGGUCACUCGAUGUGUAGGCUUGAUGACUAUGCUCUGGGAAUUGGAGUGAGCAGCUGUAAGGAUGGCCACGGAUGUUACCGCACGGGAACAAGAACAAAGAGUCUGCACUACAAAGAUGCCGGUCGCUUCGGAUACUUUAGACAAACUGCAUUCAUCUAUGUGCAGUAACAAGGCAGCCUUGUGGUCUAGAUGAUGUGUCAGUGUGACUUGUUGACUGGUGCAAUUGAGCCGUUUUAGUAAGAGCGGUGCUUUUUGUUGUAACAUCUUAGAUGUAGAUGAUUGGAUAAGAAAGGUGUGUGUGUGUGUGUGUGUGUGUGUGUGUGUGUGUGUGUGUGCCUGUAGCCUAGUAGUUUGUCACAAGAGACAUUGUUGUGUGUUCACUAGCUAGACUCUGCAACGCUAUUUUGCUUGCUUGCUAAAUUGUUGUUUCCAACAAACUUGCAAUGAUGUCAAAAUAGUAAUUGUUUAGCUAGAUAUUAUUUGAUGGAAAGCGAGUGAAACAGAA